AUGUCGUGGUUUCUAAUCGAAAUGGACGAAGGCCAAUCUAAAGGAGGCAAAAUAAAUGGACGAGUUGUCUUUGGCAUCAUACAUUCCAUGGAUAUAAUUGAUAAUGAAUCCAAAUACAUGUACCUUAAUCGUAAGGUGCGAUUUAACUGGAAUCAUGCCAUCUUGGAGGGCAGAGUGAAGGUGGCUUCCGAUGAUCGUCUCUUUGUUGAGCAACACUUAAAAGACUUGGCCAAGAAUAAUGCAAUAGCCAUGAGAAAUCUGAAUCAAUCGAAACGCUUCUUGGUACAAUUUAUCAAGGGCGCCAACACUAUUGUGCAUACAAUUGUCCAUGAGAGGGAAGUUUUUUGGCCAGCAGAUUUGGAAAAUCCACACAUAGAAGAGGUUUUAGUACGAGAUGAUGAAUUCAGAAAAAUGGCCAAAGUUUUAUACGUCAAUGACUCGGACGACUUAAUGCAGAAAGAGUUGGAUGCAUUGAAAGCGAAAUGUUUCGAUGAGGUUUUCAUAGAUCCCAAUGAUAACAUAGACAUUAAAGAAACUCCUUGGCUUUUGGUGCAAUACAGCAACAGCCCCUCAAAUAUCUGCUACACCGUUGUCCAUCUGGAUAAAACUAUUUGGGAUACACAAAAUCAAUUCCCUAAUAUUGUAACAUAUUUAUCGUUGAUUAAAGACACGAUCUUCCAGGCUAUUAUUUUACGCAAAUCAAGGGACCGCAAUGAAUUAGACGCUGAAUUGCGAAAGAUUGGAUCAUCCAGUUUAUCUAUACAAUUUCCCAUUGCAACAUGUUUUACCACAAAGGUUACUUUGCCACCACCCGCUAAUAAUAAUGUAUUGUGUGCAAAACCCGUUUGA